AUGCUGAGAGCGCUCAUCCUACUGCUUGCCGCUGAGCGUCUUCUCCUAGAUAUGGGUUGGUUCGGCCUCGGGCGACGUAAACCUGCUAAAGAAGGCGCUCCGUCUUCCCCCACCCUAUCGACCGAUGGAAUCAACAUUUCAACAGGCGGUGGUGCCCAAGCCGCAUCGGAGUCGACAGCACGUUCUAGCACGCCCAUGCCGGAGCCGGUUGGAGGACCGAAGACCACGUUGAAUGCUCCAGCGGCGGCGAUGAGGGCUGAUGCCUGUGAUAUCGCUUCACCAGUAGAAAAGCAGCAGGAGCAACAGCAAGGGGAGGGGGUCGCGGAUUCGAGUCCAGGGUACGCCCACAGGCUCAAGGCCGCCUUCCUAGACACCGUGGUAACGGCCCAGAGAGCGCCCGAGACGCUGGAGGAGGCCAUGGCCGUGAUCAAGGGAGAAAGAGCCGUCAAGCCGGACUACGUGAGAGCGGUCGGCACCGUGUCGGCGGCUUUCGCCGGAGGCUGCGCCCACGGCUGGUGGCACGGCGCGGCGCUUGCCGCCAAGUACCCUCCGCACCAACGGAGUAUCGUCAGAGUGCGCGCGGGGGCUCGGAGGGGGCUAAGGCUCGCGACCUUCGCGCUGAUAUAUGAGGGCUCAUCUGCUGUUACGGAGGCCCUGCGACGGAAGAAGGACUUCGUCGGGGGCACGGUGGGAGGCGCGCUGGCAGGCAUGGCAUACGGUUUUUCAUACGGUAUGGCCGCCGCGCGAAGCCAUCUGUUCUACGGCUUCUGGCUCGGAGGCGUGUUCAGUCUGUUCAGGAAUCACGUGGCGUCCUUGAGGGAGCAGGCCCGGCUGGCGGAGGAAGACAAGCGAUUGGCACAGGAGGAGAGGGAUGCGAUCGGGGCGACGGCGCUGAGAAGGUCCAUAGCAGAGAUAGAUGCCCAGCUCAGGACAUGGCCCACUGCAGCCGCUGACAGCGAAGACGAAACGGACACGACGGAACUCGCUUCGUCACGAAGAACACCGUAAUAGUGGCAGGCAGAUCGGAUCGGACACUGAGACAGGCCUGGAUGGGGUUGCAGCCGAGGGUCUGGUGGAAAGGCUGCCUCUGUCCCAUGCUGCGGUGCUGUUCGCUGAAGUACAGACCGGAGUGUGGCAGGGAUGCCUCGGGCGUAGAGGUCGUUCGCUGCUCGCGAUGAGAUGAAUACAUGAGCAGCCGGGGCUGUACCAGAAGAAGCUCUGGCAUGACAUACGUCGAAGAGAUGGGUUCGAUCUUUGGAUGUGGCUAGAGACACCGCGGAUAGUUUAUUUGGCCGUCGAUUCUUCGCCAGAGCACACAACUUGGCUUUCAUUGAUCGUUUUCGGCAUACCCAGUCCAACGAUUUCAUUCAACUGCAGGUACUCCUUUAAACUUUUCGGGCACGCUUUUAGCGCCGCGGUCGUUACACUGCUGUCAUCUGUGUCAAAGCUAAAUGACCGCAACCCUAUGGAGGGAAUAGGGAAGCGAAAGGGGGUUCUCGGUGCUUGUACACCUUACUGACAUCAUGUCGUGCCCACGGGCUGUUUGUGCACAUAGGAAGCGUAGAGUCGACUCUUGUUGACUCAACUAACGUAAGCAAUGAGCGAGAGACGGUGGUGAUGGGCGAGGCAAGCAACAAAAGAACUAUACUCGUUGCAGGUGCUCGUCACUCGGCAACUCGUUUGUCUGUGCAUAUACCCAUUUCAUUCACGUAGCCCCCGGAGGCUUGUAGACCAGCACUCUGCCGAGAGCAGCCGAGCACUAGCACCACCGCUGUGCGGGAGGAGUCCUCGGCCCCAGCUGUGCUUCUAUACAGCAGUACAGACAAGCAUCGAGGUAGAAGUUUGUAACGCGUGCACGGAGCGGAGAGAGGGUGCGAAGGGGGCCGUCGGUUGGGGAACAUUCGGGUUUCCACAAGGUUCGGGAAGCAUUAUAUAUGGAAUCUUCAACAGACAUUCACCUAUGCUGUAGAAACGAGUAGGGCGGCCGAGGCAGUUGUGGCGAACUACUAAUGUUUUUUUUUGUCUCCCAU